AUGUUUCCAGACGGCUAUCCUUUGCAGAGAUCCGGCCCCAGCAGCCUGGGUAUUGAGGCGUAUCAUACCCGGGCUGCUCAGGACUUUCCAAAGAUUCACGUCCAGUUCAAGUGGGGAACAAAGGAGCUGCGUUGGGAUAUAUUUGAUGAUACAUUUGAGGAGAGUCAAUGGAAGUACCCGCCGGUAGUAGGCCAGGAUGGGUACAUUGGCUCCGCCACAUAUUCGACAUACUCCGUUGGUGCGAGCACUUUUGAUCCAGCGACGAUGGACAGAGACAAGGUGCUGCCCUUCCCCAUCCGGGGAAUUGAGCGCACCACAUCAUGGAGUGAGUUGACUGAUCGCUUCUGGUGGCUUGGAAAGUUGGCAAACGGCAGCUACAUUGGUGCAGGAAACUACACCAUGCGCUUCGCAACUCUUACCCCCUUUAGUGAACCUUCGGAGUCGGGUAGCUGGGAUAUCUGGAAGACACCCGAAAUCACCAUUUUGCCUUAUGCACAUGAGAGGGAUUUGUCUUUCUAG